UCAUCUUUUGCACUUGAAUAAAGUUCUUGCAAAGUUUUACAAAACGCAAAAGUCCAUAGGCAACUGUCAGAGAACAUAAAAUAAGUAAAAAGUAAAGUUAUGUUACAGAAGUUAGAAAAAGAAGUCCUUUUAUCGGAAUUUACGAAAUUUUCGCUUAAUUCUAAAACUUGUUUAUACUCGAGAGUUUUAAUAAUAAAAAAUGGAGUACAUUGAUAUAGCAGACAAUUGCAGAACGUGUCAAAUAAAGACUCAGGAAGAGUCUCAAAAGAUAUUCAUCUUCAACACAAUGAAGCUUCCGGAUAUCUUCAAAGAAACCACAUCCCUGGACAUUCAUGAGAACGAUGGACUACCCAAAGUACUAUGCUCUACUUGCUACGAUCGCCUCCUGGAAGCUUACAAUUUCCGGAAAAUGUGUUCCGCUGCAGUUCUGCACUUCCAGAAGAUCCUGUCUAUGGAUGUUCCUGAGGAGAAAUACACCCCACCUGAAGACCUAACGCCCGUAAAGGCAGUUCCGGAUAUUUUAUCCUCAUCUAACUCUUCUAUGAAAUACUUAAAAUAUCUUCCGGAAAAAGAAGAUGCUUUAACUGACAUUUCCGACACCCUGUCCAUAGACGAUAAACUUCCGGAUGAACUUAAAACUGACCCUGAUGAUGUUAUGGAAAGGGAAGAAAAACCCUCUGAACAAGUGAAUGAUAUGGAUAAUUUGCAAGGGACAAACAGUCUUCCGGAUAAGUCAUACUACCCUCCAGAUAAACACAACCCUUCCAUAGAAGAUCCUAAAAAACUACAGAUGGAAAAGGGUGAGCAAUUGCCUGAAUCUCAGAAAAAGAAGAAGCCUAAUAUCCCAGGAGAGCCUACCAAGCUGGAGUGCGGUAUCUGCAGUUCAAAAUUCCGUUGGAAGGGCCGUUUGGAGAUGCACAUGAAGAAGGUGCACCUAGGAUUGAAUACAAUUGCCAAAAAAGCAAAAACAAAUAAGAUCGAGAAAACAAAAAAAUUAAAGAAAGAGAUUUGGGACACAUGCGAGUUGUGUCCCUAUAAGACCAGAAUACGUGGACAUUUGAAGCGUCACAUGAAAGGGGUUCACGAGAGAUUGAGGGAUGUCCGUUGUUCCCAAUGUAACAGAGUUUUCACAACGGAAAGAGGUCUGAAGUUACAUAUGGUGUGUCAUGAAGGUGGUAGAAAUCACAAAGACUCCGGAACGAAGGAGAAAAAAUUUACUUGUGAAUUAUGUCCCUAUAAAACUGAUUUAAGUGCAACUUUAAAGCGUCACGUGAAAGCAGUUCAUCAGAAAUUGAAGGAUUUCCAAUGUACGCGAUGUGAGCGAUCGUUUACGAUGGAAUCGAGCCUGAAGAUACAUAUGAUGCGUCAUGAAGGUAUUAAGAAUUAUGAAUGCCCAAUUUGUGGAGUCAAAAAAGUCGCAAUAUGUGAACUGAAGAGCCACAUGUUCACUCACACGAAGGAAAAAACUCUGUCUUGUGAAUUUUGUCCUUAUAAAUGCAAUGCCCGUACGAAUAUGAGGCUGCACGUGAAGGCAGUUCAUCAAAGAAUAAAGGAACAUCACUGUGCCAUAUGCAAUAGCUCCUUUGGGGCAGCGAGAAGUUUGAAGUUGCACCUUAUGACACAUACUGGAGAAAAACCUCAUGUCUGCAGCGAGUGUAAUAAGAGCUUCCGCAGACUCAAUCAACUGAACAUACAUAUGAACAUUCAUACAAGAGAAAACAUCUUUUCUUGUGAAUCCUGUUCCUUCAAAACAAUUUAUCCUCGUACACUGAAGGCUCACGUGAGUGUAGUUCAUAAGGGAGUGAAGAACUAUCACUGUCCCCACUGUGAAAAAUCCUUUGGGUCACCAGGAAAUUUAAGAGUUCACGUAAUGGCCCACAUGGGAGAAAAGCCACAUACUUGCAGUGAAUGCGGGAAGAAAUUUAUAGAAAAAAGUGCCAUGAAGAAACACAUGAAGACUCAUCUAAGGUCAGGAAGGUCAGGGACUAAAUCCGCGUCUCAGAAGAAGAUCAAAAAGGAGUCUAAACAAAAUCCAGUAUCAAAUCCCGAAUCUCAAUCGAAUUCCUAAUAAUUAUUCUAAGUCUAGAAUAUUUCAAUAUUAUUUUUUAGAAUUUUUGUAAAUAAAUCAUACAAAAGUCAUUUAACA